AUGAGCGGGGGCGGGAGGGCAAACCCUCGCCUCUACGUGCCGCAUCCACCACCGGACACCAACCCUGACAUCCCCGCCCCUCUUCCGCCUCCACCGUACGCAGCGUUCAGGCCGCCUCUGCCUCCAUUGUACACUGCUUUUAGGCCACCUCCGCCUCCACUGUACACCUACCCCACCAUCCUCGGCUUCAAGCCUCCUCCACCUCCACCGAACUCAAACCACAUCGACAUCCCCACUUUGGACCCUCUUCCGCCUCCACCAUACGCCGCUUUCAGGCCGCCUCCGCCUUCGCCUCCACCGUACGCUGAUUUCAUGCCUCCUUCGCCUCCACCGUACGCCAACACCGCCAUCCCCAUCUUCACUCCUCCUCCGCCUCCACCGAACUCCAAUCACAUCCCCACUUUCUGGCAUUCUCCGUCUUUCCAGCAUCCACCACCGCACGCCGACCCCGCUUUCGGGCUUCCCCCGCCUCCCCCACCUCCCCCACCACUGGGGCUUCCCCCGCCUCCCCCACCGCCGCCUGUUAGUUACAUUCCUGUGGCGGAGUUUUUUGCUUUGUACCCACCGACUGAGCCGUACCAGUUCAAGAUUGGUACUUCCUACGGUGAUAACCCAGCAGGUGUGAUGUCCAAGACAACAACAGCGGGAGAAUAUGUAUUGGAUGGCUGUGUAGCAUUCUUGUUUAGUACUCAUGCAUUAAACACAAGUUAUGGGGGGAAUUUUGAUCUUGAUCAAAUUGUGUCACUACAAGCUCCAUAUGAUGUAAUAAUUAAUAAGAAGGCAGACAAGUUUGCUACACGGAGGAACAUAUGCUUGGACUUAUACAGGCUUGUGGACAGGCUGGUGAUGCCAAGAUAUGGCUUUGAGGGUUUCAGGCCUGUAUAUGUGGAUGAUUUCAUUAGUCAAGUGAAGAAUCUUGGUAAAAGCCAGACAACUCGGGAUUGGCACAAACGCCGAUGGGUCAUCAAGAACCAUCCACUUCUUGUUCGGCCAGCCAAGCGCAGAUCAGUGUUUGAAUACUUCUAUAAGUUUUACAAAACAAUGGAUCCUCGAGCAGCAAAUAAACUUUUUGAAGAGAUCAGUGGCAAAAUAUAUGAGAGGUGGCAGGUUCUCAUUGCUCGCGACGAUCACUUUCUGUCCGCGAUGUACUGGAAGGGCAGGGAAGGGCAGUGUCCCGAUGAUCAUUUUGAGAGGAACUGCUUUGAUGAGGAGUUUGUUGAUGAGGAAAAUCUUGAUAGUUUUCGUUUUACGAGCCAGCAUGGUUAUCUCGUUGUCUUCUUGCAGCAUCUUCUGCUCCAUGGCCCUGAGGAGACAAUGACAUGUAACAGUACAAACCUUUUGGCAUUUAAUUAA